UGAAAACGAUUGAUGGGAUUUAUUCAGCAUUCACUUACUUUACUUGCUUUCCCGACAUUGAACCGUUGAAAUAAAGCAGUUGGAGGUUUUUAAAAACUCAAAUCUGAAAUAUCCGCAUCUGCUUGAGCUCGAGCGCGGCCCGCGGUUACCCUGACAACGCGCAGAAGAUUUCUGUGAUAACUCUAUGGCCUUACCACCCCCUGAUCCAAAGUUUGUGCUUCGCGGAACUGGAGCCUCAGUAAAUACUCUGCAUUUCUGCUGCAGUGAUCAGGAGGACUGGAAUCCAAUCCUCUUCUCAGGCUCAGCCAAUGGACAAAUACAUAUUUGGAACUUAAAGACCCACAGAGCAGAUAAAGUGUUGGAAAGCCACAACAAACAGUCUGUUUUAUGGAUUCAUACUUUGCAAGGGAGGAAUGGUCUCAUCAGUCAAGGUCGUGAUGCAGCAGUCUCCACUUGGGACCUGUCAGAAGGGCGCACUGCAGUGAUAGACUCCAUUCCUUUGGAUAGUUAUGGAUUCUGCCAGUGCUCACUAAUGCAAGAAGGUGUUGGCCAUUACCUUCUUGCUUCCCCAGGCAGCACCCCCUCAGAAGUAAAGAUUUUAGACUUACCUAAGAAGACGCCAGUCUGGGUGCUAAAGCCGCCAGCAGAUGCUAAAUUGGGCAUGCCUAUGUGUCUGAAACUGUGGCAGCCUCCUUCCGGUUCUCGGCCUUUGUUACUGGUUGGAUAUGAGAAUGGGUCUUUGACCCUCUGGGACCUAUCAGAAAAGAAAAUGUUGAGCCAUCUUGCCUGCCACAAUGAACCGAUCAUGUGUCUUGACUUCGACCCAGAGAGGGCCAAGGGUAUCUCUGGCUCCUCAGAAAAGCUUCUCAGCUCCUGGGGACUUGACAACCAACAGAAUCUUAAGUUGCAGAACACUGUAACAUUGGUAAAUGCUGGAAUAGCUGAUACCUGCAUUCGUCAAGACAAGAAGAUAUUAGCCACAGCAGGUUGGGAUCAUCGGAUCCGUAUCUUUGGCUGGAAGAAGCUGAAACCCCUGGCAGUUCUACAGUACCACAUAGCCAGUGUACACUGUGUGACAUUCUCAGACCAUGUUGUUCCAAGUGAAAGAUUAUUGGCUGCAGGAUCUAAAGACCAGCGCAUAAGUUUAUGGUCUGUCUACAACAAGCCAUGAUAGAGUUAAUUUUGUACAGAAGUUUCAUUCAUAUUCUGACUAAGCUGAAGACUGAGCCAUAUUACUUGAUUGAUGAUGGAUGAUCUGAGUCAGCUUGUGUGCAUUUUGUACUGAAUUUUUGUUAUGUUUGUAAUCUUAUUAUUUUCUUC